AUGAAGCAGUUCUCUCGCAACUCGUCCUCGUCGCCUCUUGACGAGACCCACUCUGCUCGCUCGGUCCAAAGCCCUUCAGAACCCGCUCGGAUGUCCCAUCCAACCCCGCCAGAGCCCCUCCUCGGUUCCGCCUGGCUCCUCGCUCAAACCCCCUCCUCCUCCUCAACCUCCUCCUCAUCGCGCACCGAAAUCACCCCCUCGACCUGCCUCUCCUUCACGCACUUCAAGACCCUCCUCGACUCGUCCCGACGCGCAAGCGACGAUGCGAUCACGACGCGGUUGAAUCGGGCUAGUGCGUUGAGUGGGUCUGCAAUUCAAGGACGAGGAGGGGUGAUGGGUCCUUCUGAGUGCGAGGGGGUGUGGAGGGAGUUGUGUGCGAGGUGGGACGAGAGGAGGAAGGCGAUAGAGUUUUGUGAUGGGGUUGUUGAGGGCGAGAGGGAGCGGUUAGGGAGGAACAAGGAGGAGGGGAUGGGGGUUGGGGAGGAGAAGAGGUUGAGUGCGGAUUGGAAGGAACGGGGGAGGGGUGUGGUGGAUGAUUUGGAGUUCAAGCGCACCCGCCUCUCGACCGAAUCCAGCAUCGAGCGCAUCCUCCGCCAGCGCACCCUCUCGCUCUUCUUCUCCCGCUGCCCGUCGUUCCACCCCGCGGCGGACGUGCCGGCUGAGCCGCCUUUGCCACGCGUGAGGGGGGACGAGGAGGAGGAGAGGGAGCGGGAGAGGAGGAGGGGGAGGGACGAGAGGGGGAGGGUAAGGUGGACGUAG